AGUGCUACGCUGUGAAAUGUUGCGGCCACAACUUUCCUGCAUUAUGGUCAUCCCAUCUGACUUGUCCCUUGGUUUCUUUUUGUCGUAGGUCCAUCAUGGGGAGCCACUAUCCUAUCGUUACUGCUGCUAUUUGUGAAUCCUGCCCUGGCUGAAAAACCGAUCCAGCGACUAAAUUAUGGGGUACUGUUUAAGCCAUCAACCCCUGUCCAUUUUGCAACCGAAUACUGGCUUCACACAUAUGAGAUUAGGCUACCAUCUAACCCAACCAUCCCUUCCUUGUCAACAUGCCCCACUUCAAAUGCUACAUGCCUUCUCAUCCAACAAAUUCAAACACACCUUCUUUCUCUGCAAACCAAAUGUAUCUCACACCUCAACACAACGCGUACACAGAUCAAACAGUUGAUUCCAGAAUCAAAACUGAAAUCUCCUUCCAGGUCCAAACGGGCACUUUUAAGCUUUGUUGGGGCCUUUUCUAAGACUCUGUUUGGCACCGCCACUACAGGCGAUGUCAACAUCCUUGCACAGCACAUUAACACACUCACAAAACAUGAAAUGAAUGUUAUCAAUACACUUCGACAGCACUCCCAACACCUCUCUUCUUUCAUGCAACUCAUUGACAAACGGUUCACAAAUGCAUUGCAAGGUAUCAAAGCCAACCAUGACACCAUGCAAUAUGUUACACAAACCAUUAACAGAAAUACCAAAUCUCUCCAAGCAACGUUUGUUUUACUUUCUACUCUCCUAACUGAACAAAUACGACAUGCUUAUGAUAUUGAGCAUCAAUUGGAUCAACUAAAAUCAGGCAUUUUAGAUUUAGUUCAAGGUCGUCUGUCACCACUCCUUCUUUCUCCUGAAGUCUUAAAACAAACAAUCCAUCAUCUAUCGCGUCUCCUAUCUGAAAAGUACAGAGGAUUCCACCUUCUACAAACUGAUCCGUCUUUUUAUUAUGCACAUGCCCAAUUCUUAUAUGCUAGAACCAAACUAAACAUCUAUGUGUCCAUCAAAUUUCCCAUUUCUUCUAUCAGCAAGCCUUUUCAUCUCUACAAAAUUCUUUCACUCCCUGUACCUGUCAAUCAAACAUCCUCUCACUCUACUCAGCUUCUGGAUCUCCCAUCAUAUUUUGCUAUCUCAUUUGAUUCUCAGCACUAUGCUACACUUGAUACUUCUCAGCUAUCAUCUUGCACAGGUCGGUCACUUCUUCACUGUCCCUUUCGCCUUCCCCUUCAAGCUUCGAACAAUCCAUCGUGUGAAAUUGCUCUCUUCCAAGAUAGAAGAAGUGAUAUCAAAUCCAUGUGCAAUUUUAGAUACAUAACCCAGCCACAACCAUCUCAACUUAUUCCCGUUGAUUCUUCCCAUAUUCUGGUCUACCAAAUACCCUUUCUCUCGCUAACAUGCCCAGGUCAUCGUCGUAUGGUACCUGGCUGUACCUUCUGUGUUCUUGGCACUCCCUGUUCUUGUACGCUUUCCACGGAAACACUCUAUUAUCCUGCAGCCUUUGGCACCUGUCACAACACAUCUGAAAAGCUGACACGUUUGCACCCUGUGAACCUUGCUCUCCUACAGCAUUUCUUUGAUCCUUCAACCCUUGCUACCAUUGCAGUGUUUCCGCUGACUUAAUUAUUUAUCGGACACUGUGUCAGGCGACCUAAAAUUUUACCGGUCAUGAAUGAAAUUUGCCGGUCGUAUCCUAUUGCCAUACUGUAAGUACUCACUUUACAGUUAUUUUUAGUCUGGGUAUUUCCGAAACAUAAUAAUUUUUGCGACCAUGAAAGCACAGCCAAGACUCAUUUUGCUUACCCAUGAUGUUUUUAUUUUAAUACAUGACUAUUUACCGGACACAGUGUCCGGCUGGGUUUAAAUUUACCGGUCCCCAACAAAUUUUACCGGUGAUUUUCAGGUAUAAACCGGAGAACGGAAACACUGACAA